AUGCUGCUGCCCUUCUUUUACGUGCUCGUCCUCGCAUGGGCAGCUGUUGCCUCCACCGUCACACUUGCAUUUCCCAUCGACAACCAGCGUCCCCUCAUCGCUCGCGUUGGCCAACCCUACAUCUGGUCGUUCUCCCCAUCAACCUUCAAAUCUGAUGGAAACAUCGCCUACACUGUCUCUACACUCCCCAAGUGGCUCGCUUUCGACCCACAGAAGCGAAGCUUCAGUGGCAUCCCAACCACGACUGACGAAGGCAAUCUGGAAGUCACAAUAACCGCGCACGACACCACGUCCUCCGCUUCUUCUACGUUCUCGAUCUGUAUCUCCUCCUUUCCGCCUCCCAAAGUCAAUAUUCCGCUGGCGAGUCAAUUUGACGCAAGAAACCCCUCCAUGUCUUCUGUGUUUCCUGUCCCGCCAGAUUCUGCAUUGACUACCACUCAUCCGGCAUUACGCAUACCUCGACAAUGGUCUUUCAGCAUUGGGUUUCGCUACGACACGUUAACUGGGUCCGACCGCAUCCGCUAUAUGGUCUUGCAAGCUGACGGAUCUGACCUUCCCGACUGGAUGACCUUUCGCGAAGAGAGCUUGACUGUCAAUGGAGUUGUCCCACACGAUGUUGAAGAGGCGCAAACGUUGUCUCUGUCUCUUUUCGGCUCAGACCAAGAAGGCUACAGUGCUGUGGUGCUUCCCUUUGAUAUCAUCACGGCAACCCAUGAACUUGUGCAGCGCCAGUACAUCCCGACGAUCAACGUCUCCUCUGAAAACCCAUUCACGGCGAAGGUGGAUUCGCAAGACGACUUUGCAGGUCUCCUGGUCGACGGGAAAGGAAUUGAGCCAGCCAACAUCUCCUCGCUUGCUAUUGACACUUCAGCGCUCAACUGGCUGGAAUUCGAUCAAGCAAGUCGUGUUUUAUCUGGAAAUCCUCCGGCCGCUUAUGCGGGGCAAACUUACACCCUCCCUCUGACCGUUUCCGCCUUCAACCAGACCUUGCACACCAACUGCUCCCUCGCAAUCGUCCCAUCCUUCUUCUCUACUGCGACAAUACCCGCCCAAGUCCUGAGUGCAACUCGUAUAGUCAACUUCAGUCUUGCUCCGUACUUCUCCAACUCGACUAAUGACCAAAGCGGUGACAUCAACCUUUCGUCUGCAUUCGAUACGCCCGAAGGCAACUGUCUAUCUUUUGACCCGAACUCCUCCAUUCUCUCUGGAACUAUUCCCGACGAUAUAUCUGUCUUACACAUUGACAUUACCUUUACCGCCUUCUCGCGUCGCACACAUUCAACCUCGCAUACAUUCCUUCGCCUCUCCAUCCCUCCUUCGACAAAGACCAAGGACAAAGCGUACGUUAACCCUGGAAAUCUGUCGGCCGCGGCUCACCGCAAGCUCACUCUUGCUUUGGCGAUCGUUUUCGGGAUCAUUGGGACUGUUUGUGCUUUAGGAUUGUUCUUCUCUGCGUUUCAACGUUGUGCCAAGGUCGAUGAUGGCGCCAGAGUCGAUCAAGAAGCCUGGUCGGAGAGCGACAAGAGAUGGUAUGGUUUGCCUGCAGCGGAGAAAGGUUAUGGCUCUAGUCUUCCCCGAAAUGCAAUGGAGUUGGACAAUCCGUUUGGAGACGGCGCUGAGCUUGUCACACCCACCCGUGCUGCACCUGAUUACGGAGGUAUUGGUCUCGGUCUUCGUCGUGUUAUGGAGAGAAGUGGUUCUGAUCCCGUUUCGACUCCUAGCAGCGCUCAAAGCCCAGGAGUUAUGCGCAAGCGUGACUUUUUGACGCGGAUUCGGCAGACUGCCAGGAAUAUCAGCGACAAAUACGAUAGUUGGCGCAAAGGUCCGGUUCAACGUCCGGUCAUCAGUAAGCCUACGCUGGCUGUAACCGCGUUGGAUGGUCUGCCUGAGACCAUGUCGCACUCGCCAUCCAACCCUUUCGAUGAUGCAAACAUUAUAAGCUAUCCUGGGAGCAUUGUUAUCACCAAUUCGCCUUCUACUUCGACUGGUGAUCACUCCAUUCCUCGACGUAGAUCAGAUUUUUGCCCACUUCCCCCGGCAACUCAUGCUUACAAUGGAUUGGUGCGACAACUGUCGUCUGGUUCGAUUUCGUCAGCAGAAGAAGGGACCAUCCAUGUAGCCUCCAAAACGCCCAGUAUUCACAGUGCAUUGUCCAAACGCCCUCGGCUAGUCCCUUUCACUAGUGCUACCCGCGUUCCUAUGCCUCGAACCCCUCCUGAGGAAGAAGAUCCAUCUGGUAGCCCAUCGCGCCGAGUACCAAGCCAGAAAGCAGUGGUCUUGAAAGAAUCGGUUCGCAAUUCGGCUGCCGAUGAGCUGAGCGUAGGCAUACACUACGUCCGUACUCUCGGAGGAGACCAAGAUGGCCAAAUGACCCCCACAACGUCAACUCACGGUCGCUCAUCGUUUUCUUCUCCGGAAUCGUCUCAUCUUGUGCAUGAGCCAUCAAGCAACAUGUUGAAAGCUGUUCAGAUACGGGUUGGCGAGACCUUCAAACUUCCUGUUGCUGUUCCGGAUUACGUAGCCACGCGAAAGCUCGAGGCAAAGAUGAUUCCGGGAAGGACAUGGCCGGAUUUUUUGCAGGUCGACCUCAAUGCCCAUAAACACGGAGACGAGGUCGAACUCUAUGGUUGUCCUGCUAUGCGGCAUGUGGGUGAAUAUAGGAUUGGGAUCUACACGGUUGAAGACCACUCUUGUGUCUCUCGAGUCGACCUUCGAAUUGUGGCAUAG